AUGUCAUGGCAGAACAACCAGACUUCAGGGAGUGACUUCAUCCUCUUGGACCUGUUUCGUGGCAGCCAGGCUCCCUGGCUCCUCUUCUCCCUCACUGUCUUGGCUCUCCUUGUGGCGCUGCUUGGCAACACUGCAAUAAUCAUCCUCAUUCAGGCUGACCGUCGCCUACACAACCCCAUGUACUUUCUACUCAGCCAGUUAUCCCUCAUGGAUCUCUUUUAUAUCUCUACAUUUGUCCCCAAAAUGGCCCUUGCCUUUCUGUCUGGGAACCACCACAUCUCCUUCAUUGGCUGUGGCACUCAACUUUUCCUCUUCAUGACGCUGGUGGCCGCAGAGUGCCUCCUGCUGGCAGCUAUGGCUUAUGACCGCUACGUAGCCAUCUGUCACCCCCUGCGCUAUCCCAUUUUCAUGAGACCAUCAGUCUGUGUGCUCAUGGUUGUUGGGUCCUGGCUGGGUGCACUGAUCAAUGCCUUGAUUCACGUCAUCUAUACAAUGACCCUUCCUUACUGCACCUCCAGGGAAAUCCAUCAUUUCUUUUGUGAGAUUCCAGCCUUGUUGAAAUUGGUCUGUGAAGAUACUUCCCAAUAUGAAAAAGGUCUUUUUGUUAGUGGUGUUAUUUUUCUCCUCCCUCCCAUCUCAGCCAUCAUGGCAUCUUAUGGAAGAAUAUUGUACACUGUAUUAAGGAUAGGCUCAAGCAUGGGCCUCAGGAAAACCCUGGCCACUUGCUCUUCUCAUAUGACUGUUGUGUCUCUAUUCUAUGGAGCUGCAAUCAGCAAGUACCUUCUGCCAAAGUUCUACCAUUCACCUGAGCAGGACAUGGUCGUGUCUGUCUUCUACACCAUCCUCACCCCUAUGCUCAACCCUCUCAUCUACAGUCUUCGAAACAAGGACGUUGCUAGAGCCCUUAGAAAAGUUCUCAAAAGCUAA